GAAGUAUGACAUCAUCAAACAUAUAACAGCCCGACUUCUGGUCGAAGCUACAGUGAAAGUGUCAAUGGCUCGUGAUUUUGCGUGUCGAUGCUGCGGUCGUUUGGCGCUAAAUGAAUCGCGAUAAACAGCUCGUUUGUGUUUUUAAUUUCGCGUGAGCCCAGUUCGUUCCUACGCAGUGACCUUUCGCAAAUCGCAUGCAGAAUAUCGCGUAGGAGUCGCUGCGUGCGCGGUGAAGAUUUGCUUUCUGUCUGUUUUCCUUCAUCGCUAAAUGGAGUCACAGGUCGGGUUCGGUCGGGAGGAGAUCAACGGCACGAUAUGGGAAGUUCCGAACAAGUACAUGUGUUUAAAGCAGAUCGGAACCGGGGCGUACGGCAGUGUGUGUUCAGCCAUCAAUAACAAAACCAAAGAGACGGUGGCCAUCAAAAAGUUGCAUCGGCCCUUUCAGUCAGAGAUCUUUGCGAAGAGAGCCUAUCGUGAACUGAGGCUCCUUAAGCACAUGAAACACGAAAAUGUGAUAGGCCUGCUAGACGUCUUCACUCCUGCCACCAGACUGGAAGACUUCCAAGACUUCUACUUGGUGAUGCCGUACAUGUUCACAGAUCUCUCUAAAGUUAAAGGCCUUCUCUCAGAAGAUCGGGUGCAGUUCCUGGUCUAUCAGAUGCUGUGCGGACUAAAGUACAUUCAUGGCGCUGGCAUCAUUCACAGAGACCUCAAACCGGGAAAUCUGGCAGUUAACCAGGAUUGUGAGCUGAAGAUCCUGGAUUUUGGCCUGGCACGUCACACGGAAGCAGAGAUGACGGGUUAUGUCGUGACGCGGUGGUAUCGAGCCCCUGAGGUCAUUCUAAACUGGAUGCAUUACACGCAGACAGUGGAUAUCUGGUCGGUUGGGUGCAUCAUGGGUGAAAUGUUCAAUGGAAAAACACUCUUUAAAGGAAAAGACUACAUGGAUCAGUUGACUCAGAUAAUGAAAGUUACCGGGACACCUGGUCAAGAAUUCAUUGGCAAACUAGAAAGUCAAGAGGCAAAGAGCUACGUCAGCUCACUGCCCGUCUACCCACGCAAGGACUUCUCUGCGUUGUUUCCCAGAGCCAGUAAAAAAGCGGUAGACCUGCUUGAGAAGAUGCUGGUGUUAGAUGCAGGAGCCCGUCUCACUGCUGAUGGUGCAUUGGCACACAGUUAUUUUGAUGGCCUGAGAGAUCCAGAGGACUGGCCAGAGCCAACGCCGUAUGACGACAGCUACGACAACGCCACAUUGCCCUUAGAAGAAUGGAAACGUUUAUCAUUUAAAGAAGUCAGAAGUUUUGUUCCGUUCCCAAGAAGAGAUUCAAAGAGAAGAAACACGCUUACAAUGACAUAGUGAGGCUUUGACUAGUGUUAAUGAAAUACUGUAUUACAAUCAUACAUUUUAGGCCUUCAAUCUCUGCUAUGGAUUGUGUGUUCACUCGUUACUGUAUAUGAAUUUGAGUAUUUUUUUAAAACACCUGACACCUGCUUGAGGAGUAUGUGGUACUUAUAGGCCACUGGGAGGGGGUAUAUCUGGGUAAUAUUUUAUUUUGAUUAAGUGGUAUCUGUCCUUCAUUUAUUCCUAAUGUUGUUAAGCACCUUGCAGGGAUAGUUCACCCAAAAACGAAAUUCUGUCAUUAUUCUCUCACCCUUAUUGCUUGAUAUGAAUUGGGUGCUAUAGUCCUACAUAAAGAGCCCAUGUGAUAUAGGAUGAUAUAGAUUAUAUACUUUAUAAAGUAAAAAAAAUUGACUUUGUGGUCACUUUACAAACAAAGCAGAACAUUAGAAGGGAUGUUUGAUAAGUACCAAAGGUACCAUGCACUGCUUUUCUGGGCCCGCGUUGUGAAAAGUGCAUCUGGCCUUAUACACACUGCAGCUAAAUUCGGUUGUCACUUCACUUUUUAAUAUGUAAUACUGUUCUGUACACACUCAUUUCAGUCAUUUACCUAAAUGACAACCACAUUAAUGCUUUACCUCAAAGACCAAAAUAUUGGGACCAGCACCUUCCCACUUUAAUAACAACAAAAACUUUAAGCGCCGCACAUUAUUUAAGCCCAAAAAAGACGUGAACAUGGCAACACUGCAAGACAACGCACUGUGAAGUAACCUCACACUACAACACACAAUGCAAAGGCGGAGGGUUUAUUAAAACUGAUGAACAUAAGGCUGUAAUAUUAUUUUGUAAUAAUAUAAAAUAAUAACUACGUGAGACGGCAAAGCAUUGCUAUGGUUACCUCUGUGUCAAUCGUUGCAUUUAUGGGACUCAGUCUUGUUCUGUACAGACAUGAAACGAUCAGACAGGAGAUUCAAUCCCACAUUUAAAUAAGUUGUCACUCCCGAAACUCUGAUGUGUGUACGGGACAAAUGAUAACUCUGGUGUGCCUGUGAAUAGUCAAUGGCAUUUAAAAAUGAAAUCACAAAAUCAAACUGUAUCUCUUGUUAAUGACAACACAGUAAAUGUAAACAAAAGAAAAUUUAAAUAUGUGUCAAAAUAUUGGAUCUCUGCAUUAAGGUUUUGCUGCCUAAUAAAACUGCUGCCUAUAAUGUUUUAUUUUAUUUCUAAGAUUUAUUGUACAAAAACAAAGAAAACCACACUUGAUCAAACCCUCAUAGCUUUAAAAAAGAUCCUUAUUCAAACACACACAUGUGAUUUAAGCCUACAGUUACUGUUAUUUAUCACUUUCUGUGGGCCGGGUUUUGGUGAAAAUGAGUGGGCAUUGACCACACCACACGGGCCAGUAAACCAAAAGUCAAGCCCCAACAUGACACACUUUUCAGUUUAACCUUUCAUUUGUGACCCAGUCUGAAAACCCAGCCAAAGUAUUUUGUUUGUGAUUUACUGUUUGCUACAUCAAAUCCUUCUACAUAAUGUUAAGAAAAGUCUGUGUAAAAUAAUCUUGAUAUAUUUUAUAUUGACUGAGUAACAUGUCAAAGAUAGAAAUCAAACUUCCUAAUAAUGAUAUUUUAGCCUGGAUUUGAAGGUCACAUAUGGCACAAACCAUAUACACUUCUUUUCUGGCUUUUUUCUGUGCUUUUCGAAUCUUUAUCAUCCACUUUUAUAUGGGAAAGAUUAUGAUACGUUUUUAAAAGUGGGUGAACUAUCCCCCAAAAUACUACAAGGUGAAAUGAACUGCUCGACAAAAGAGAGCAUCAUAUAAGGGUCAAUGACAAAACAAGCUCCUAAAAAAGUACUUUAAAAAUGAAUGUAAUGCAUAUUUUUUGAGUCACGAACAAUGUGUUUAAAACGUUUGUUUAUUAAACAAUAUUUCAGUACAUUUUAAUAUUUUUUCCAUAAUAUUUUUAAUAUCCACAUAAUGUCAGGUGGUACAACCAAUCAUUGUCUGUUUGCCAGAUAAGUUUUUAUGUGCUCCCUGUUUCAUGCUGAUUUGUUUAUUUGAUAGUGGCAUUUAAAAUGUAUGUAAAAAUGUAUUAAAAACAAUUAUAAACAACCUUAGCUUGCAUUUAUUCAAACUAAAAGUAUUAGCUAAAUUACAAUUAUUUAGCUUAAUGUUUUUUUUAUUAUAUGAGCAUUCAUAGCAGUUGAACUCUUUGACUUUGCAAUUAAUUGACAUUUAACAGACUUCUGUAUAAGCUUUUGCCUGUGAUAUCAAAUUCAUAAAUAUACUUUAAAAUACAAUUAAAACCUGUUUGAUAAAAUAUCAUUUUUUCAAGGUUUACGUUGGUUGUACCACUUGACACAGAAAGUGUAAUUAGUUAUUUUUUCAGUAUUUGAGAGACUUUUCAUUCAGCCAUAAAGAGCACCUGGGGUUCACUGUUUCAUGUGAUGAUAUGUUUACUGUUUAUACUUGUUAACUUCUAAAUAAAAGGCCCAUGAUUGUG